GUGCCUAUUUGGCUCUUACUUCUGUUUCCAUUCUUUAUCUAUAUAUAUUGUCUUUCUAGAAAAUUAUUCCCAAGCUUUUGGUUUUAUGGUCGAGUUUCGAAAAAAGCAAGGCUUCAAUGAUGCAAUAUCAUUGUGCUUCUGGAAGGCAAUGUGUGGGAUGGGUGAAGAAAUAUCUGAGGGACUGUGUGUGUGGAACAAGAGACUAUGUGUCUGUUGUUUUUGGGCUUAUUAGUUUGUUCAGCUGGGCAGUUGCAGAAGUGCCUCAGAUUAUUACUAACUUCAAGAAUGGAUCCACAGAGGGUGUCUCCCUUGGCUUUCUCAUGACAUGGGUUGUCGGUGAUCUUUUCAAUCUUAUUGGGUGUUGGCUGGAGCCGGCUACUCUACCUACACAGUUAUACACGGCACUGCUGUACACAAUUACAACCAUAGCUUUAGUUUGCCAAAUCAUAUAUUAUGAUCAUAUCUGUAAGUGGUGGAAAGCAAGGAAAGCGAAAGCUCAAUCUAAGAUUCAACCAAAGGAAGUCUUCAAAUCUGAACAAAAUGACAAUAAGAAGGCAGAGCCUCUGAAAGUUCCAGAGGGAAUGAUCUACUCAUCUGAAUCUGCAGCAAAAAUCAAUUCUGACCUUAAUAAACCAUUUAGUGGGACACCUGUAUCGAGUUUACCUAUACCUACAAUUUCUUCUUUGGAGAGGCCCAACACAGUGAGGGAUCUAUAUUACACCUCUGCAAGAUCCCUAGCAAGCAGUCACACUCCUACUCCGGGUUCAUAUCUCGUACACUCCCGCGAGUCUUACAGAAGUGGUCCAAGCUAUAUCUUUAAUCAGUCGUCACUAGACGAGGAAGAAGUGCUCACUAAUCUUAUAUCUCCAAGCCCUAAGCAUGCCAAAUCAAUACUUCGCUCUGUAGCCUCAACAAUAUUUUUCAUUGGUGGGAUGGACUACUUUAAAUUGCCUAGUUUAAACAACGUUACUUCAAUUCCUUACUCUUCUCAAUCCCAAAGAAGAUCUGUUGUUAUAAUAACAGGAAGGAAACUUUUGGAGGGAAUGGGUGGCAGUGCAGUGGCAAGCUCAAUGAUUGAAGAAGAUGCAUCAAACCAUUUAGGAAUUUGGUUAGGGUGGCUUAUGGCUGCUAUCUAUAUGGGAGGACGGCUUCCACAAAUCAGUUUAAAUAUUACUAGAGGGACCGUUGAGGGCCUGAAUCCACUAAUGUUCUUGUUUGCUCUAAUAGGAAAUGCAGCCUACGUGGCAAGUAUUAUUGUAAGGACUCUGGAGUGGGAAAAGUUAAAGCCAAAUAUGCCAUGGCUGGUAGAUGCUGGAGUAUGUGUACUAUUGGACUUUUUUAUUCUGGCCCAGUUUGUGUAUUAUAAGGUAGGAAAUACUAAUGAAGAUGAAAGUGGAGAUUAUGAAGCUGUUCAUAAAGAUGCAGCAGCUUAAUAUGAGCAAAUCCAUUAUUUCGAUUCUGUUUCACGACCUUGAAUAUGGAUGCAUUGAAACUUCAAGCUUUUAAGAGACCAGUGCUAUCACCAUGCAAUUGUCCGCUUCCAUUAGAGGCAAAAUACAAUUAGUAAUUGUUAAGAAUUCGAUUGUCAAUUAUUUUUUCCAGAUGGGUUGUAUGACCUACCUACAUAGACAGAUGAUUAGACUCACCUAUUUAUUUAAAUCCUCCUCUUUUACAGCUUAUCUGUUGGCAAAUUCAUACAUGGAAGAGACAUAUGUAACAUUUAUGCAUUGAUCACAAAAACUUAAAUGUUAUCUACAUUAUGUAGUUAGAGAUAUGAUAUUAUAAUGUAUUUGGUAGAUUUGAAUGUUAUGGGUCAUA